AUGUCCACCACAUUGGUAACCCCACUCUGCGGUAACCUUCCUGCGGAACCUAUAAAUCAAGUGCUUCAGAACUCCCCGACGAGUCUUGACAGCGUUAGUAUAGACGAAGAUAUUUUUGAGACGCCCAGAAAGGCUGCACUAAAAAAAUGCGUGCGACAAUUAACAUUUCAACGACAACAGUUACAAAAGAGAAAUAAAAUACUUACUCAACAAAACAAAAGAUUGAAGAAGAGAGUUGCCAGCGUUACAGUUAUACUAAAAGAUUUAAAGAAAAAAGACUAUAUUUCAAAAGAACAAUUUACACAACUCAAUUUAAAAGCCGAAGUCCUAGAUUUAAUAAAUAGAAUAUAUUUAAAAAAGAAAUCAAAGAAGUCAUAUCGCGUAAAGUAUCCCCUCGCUCUUAGGAAAUUUGCACUCACACUUAAUUUUUAUUCUUCUGCAGCUUACAAAUAUGUUAGAAGUGUGUUUCAUACUGCUUUACCACAUCCACGUGUAUUAGCCAAGUGGUAUGAAAGUACUUCUUGCUCGCCUGGGUUUACUCAACAAGCCUUCAACAUUUUGAAGAAGAAGAGCUCUUUUUCAGGCAAACGUCUAUUAUGUACCCUUGUUGCAGAUGAAAUGGCACUUCGGCAUCAAACCACGUUGACUGGUAGAAAAACUGAUGGUCUUGUUGAUUUUGGGUAUUUAAAUAUUAUUUUCAAGAUGCCUGGAAACAAGAACACAUUUCUAAACUACAGUGAAGAUGCUAUGAAAGCUGCAGUUGAAGAGCCUAUGGAUGUUGCAGUGUUCAGAAGCCUUAAAGAAGCAUGGAGGAAAAAAACCCAUCAAUGGAGGAUGGACAAUGUUGUUCAAGGAGGUUCUCAUAUCCUAAAAAAGAAAGAUUUCGCAAAGUUACUGCAAGAAGUGAUACUUCAAAAUAUUACAAAAUCUAUGUUGUCCAAUGGAUUCAAAAAAUGUGGAUUGUUCCCGUGGAAUCCGCAAGCUGUUGUGAUACCAGACCAAGGAUUAUCCCAAGAACAAGAACGUAAUUCAACCGUGAUGAAAACGCAAUACCUAAAGCGGGGUUUGGAUUUUCUUAACGACAUGAUGGGAGCAGAAAAAGUAGCUAUUUUUGAGGCAUCUGAAGGUACUUGGAAUGGAGAUCCACUGGACACUUCUUUAUUUAAAUUGUGGAAGAAAAUAAAAAUAGAGAAACUUUCUUCAGAGGCUGAAGAAAGUUUAAACUGUGUUGAUGGGGAAAAUAUUUCUGACGGGCCGGUCAGAAAUGAUGACUUCCCACAAGCAACAGAGGCCUCUACUAGGAUUGCUGAUAAUUUAUUAGCACACCUCGAUUCUUCAGAGAUUCUUUCUGAUGGAAGAAAUAUAGAAGAAGCUUCUGUAAUGGACUUAGAUAUCAUUACUGCCUUGGAUCCAAAUGCUUCGGAUUCAGUUUCAGUAAUAGAGGCAUCUAGCAGUCUAAAUAAAGAGAACGUGGCAGGUCCGUCACACAAGGAAAUACCAAGUCCAUUUAAGAGGCACUUCUUUUAUCCUGCGUUUGAAGAAAACAAGAAAAAAAGGAUAAUGAGGGAAAGAAUGCCAACGAUUGUGUCCGGAGAAUUGUGCCAAAAAUAUUUCGAAACCAAAAAGAAGAAGAAAGAGGAUCUUGAGCAAUUGAAGAUAGAACGAGCCACUGAAAGGCAACGAAAGAAGGAAGAGAAUGAAAGACUAAAGAAAAAUAGGGUUAAAGUGGUGAAAAAUAAACACAUUAAAAGUGUAUCAAAGAUUCUUUCAGAUAGCUCUGACUCGAGUGUCGAUGUUUCUUCUGGAGAUAGUGUGUUUUCAGAAUCCUCGGGAGAUGAAAACUUAAGCAACCUAAACCCUUCUAGAAAACCGUUAUUAAAACAAAUUAAUGAAUAUGUUAUUUUCACAUACGAUAAUAAGUAUUACCCUGGCAAAAUAAUUAAUGUUACUGAAUAUACUGCAACAAUUUCAUCCAUGAUACAGUGUGGUCGCUUAUGGAAAUGGCCCGAGACCUGA